ACAUUUCACAUAUCCAAACCUCAUAAAAGCUCCCAAGAAUCCAAAGAAAAAUGAAGAAUCUCGCGAUGCUUGUUGCUAUUAUACUCUUCUCAUGCUAUGUCACAUCUCAAGUCACAGCAAGUGAUAUGGAGUCAAUGCCAUCAUUGCGUAGCGAAAAGCUCGAAUGGUGGCAUUACCAUUCCUACCCUUACUUUCACCCUAAGCCGCCACAGUGGACGUUCCCAUGUGCUGGCGGAAAGGCCUUUCCGCCACUCCCAGCCGGCUACAACCACCCUUUCCACCCUGUUCCGUUCCAUCCACCACCGGUAGUCGCCAAGUGCUUGUCUGAUUGCAAGGAUGUAAAAACAUGUAUGGCGGAUAUCCAGAAAGCUUUCUUCACCCACAAACCUGUUAUUGGAUCGGAUUGUUGUGCUUCGAUACAGAAGAUGGAUGUAGACUGUGACAAGACUGUUUUUGGAGCUUACCAUAACCCUUUCUUUGACUACUUUGUUAAGUUACAUUGCGCCACCAAAGCUGGAUCUACUCCAUCUGCUCCCUCGCCAGCUUAGGGGCUUUAGUUAGAUAUCAGAAUUAUAAAUAAUGAGUUCUUAGUUGGUUUUAUAUUUUUCUUUUUUAAUUAUGCUUCUCCAUGUUGGUCUUCAAGAAAAUAAAGGUUUUUUUUGCUAAC